UUUAUGCGAUCGCCAAUGCGCGGGCUAUGGGCGGGCGGAGGCGCCGCGAUCGCCAAUGCGCGCGCCAGGUAUCUCUCCAAAAUCGCAAUGUCGCAUCGCCCGCUCCCCCCGGCAGAGAUUGAGCGCCUGGCCGAGAUAAUCCUGCGACAGGUGGUGGAUUCCAAGCGAGCCGGGGAAGGAAUCGAGAAAUCCCUGGGUCUGUAUGGCGAUAUUCUAGUCCCUGACCUCGUCGGCAAGGUGAUCCACCGGAUUCCGGAUCCAAACACCGCCUGGGAGGUGUUCCAGUGGGCCGGGAAGCAAUCCAAGUUCACGCACAACAGGUUUACUUGCAACAAUCUCCUCAGCGUCUACGUGAAGGCCCGGCGCGUCGAGGACGCGCAUCUCUUCUUCCAGAGCCACAUGAAGAACGUCUUCGAGCCGGACGAGGUGUCUUACAACACGCUCAUGAAUGGUUUCUUCAAGGCUGGCGACGUGAAGAAGGCGCUGGCGCUGUUUGGAGAGAUGAAGGACUCCGGCAUUGCGGUCCUGAGGUCUCACAACAUUGUUCUUCGAGGGCUGUGCUCCGGGGGGAAGAUCUCCAUGGCCUGGGAGGUUUUCAAGGACAUGAGUGGGAUUUUCUCCCCGAACCUCAUCUCGUACACCAUCAUGAUCGAUGGCCUUUGCAAGAGCCGCAAGGUGGACAAGGCCAUCACGCUCUUCAAGCAGAUGGUGGACAAGGCUAUCUAUCCGGACGUGGUCACGUAUGGUGCUCUGAUCGAUGGGCUUGGCAAGCAGCGCCGGGUAAAGGAAGCUUAUGACUUGUUCGAGGAGGCCAGAGCGAAAGGAUGCCACCCGACUGUGGUGACUUACAACACCAUGAUCGACGGGCUUUGCAAGUGUGGAAGGAUUGAGAACGCUUUGACGCUCUACGACGACAUGGUGAGAGAGCCACACUUGAAGCCGGACAUGUUCACGUAUAGCGCUCUCAUAAACGGUCUCAACUUAUCCAACAGAGGGGAGAAGGCUUACGAGCUGUAUGAAGAAAUGCUGGACACCGGCUGCUCGCCCGACGUUGUAACUUACAACACUCUCCUGGACGGGCUCUGUAAGUCGGGUUGCGAGGACAAGGCGAUGGAGAUUUUCAGGAAGAUGGGAGUUGGGAACGUUUGCGAUCCCAACGUGAUCACCUACACAGUUCUCAUCGACAGGUUUUGCAAAGUGGAUCGGCUGGGAGAUGCUGUGAAGCUGGCGAAAGAGAUGGAGGGCAGAUCUCUCCUCCCGGACGCCGUCACGUUCACGACGGUGAUCCAGAAGCUGUGCAAGGAGUCGAGAAUCGACGAGGCUCACGAGCUGUUUGAGAGCAUCGGAAAGACUUGCAAGCCGGACUCGGUGCUCUUCAACACGAUGCUUGCUGGCUACUGCAAGAUAACGAGGAUCGACGACGCAAAGAAGCUGCACGACCGAAUGCUCGACAGUGGCUGCGCUCCGACGCUCGCAACAUACACAGCUCUCGUCACUGGGUUCUGCCGCACUGGGAGAUACAGCGAUGCCUUGAUCAUGUAUCACGAGAUGAUCGAGAUGGGAUUUCCACCGGAGAGACAUCUAGCUGAGCUGGUCGAUCGGACUAGGACGGAUCAUCCCCCUCCUCGUCGUCCAUACUUCGUGACAACUUAUCCUGGAAGGCUGCCACAAGCGACCAGCUCUUCACCUCCAGGCAUGAAAAGUUCCAGAGAAGGGCGCCAUGGCUCCGAAGAGGUUGUUUGGAAACUGCUCUAUAGAGCCGAUCCCGGGUUCGAACCCAUGAAGGACCCCAUUUUUUUUUCGCUGAGAUUCGACCGUGUCACGUCUUCGUACUUCGAAAUAACUUCUAUGAUUCAAAUAGCAUUUUUAGGGUUUAUGGGAUCGGGCAGAGGAUCGCCAAUGCGCCAGCAGGCCCAAGAUGCAGUGGAAUAUGCGAAUGCGCGAGUCCAUAGCUCGUGGUGGCUAUGGCGGAUGGUUGUGGUAUGGCGACAGUUGGUCCGACUGUUUUCUUCUCCCGCUCGGAGCCUGGAGCGACGUUUGGUUGCGGCACUACAGGAAGGGAAGCUGCUGGACGAGGCUCUGGGGAGAAGGGGAGGAUUGGAUGGCUCUCUGGUGGCCUCGGUGAUGAAAAGUGUUGAUCCAGACUCCGCGAAGCAUUUCUUCCACUGGGCGAAGCAGCAAGUGGGCUUUUCACACACUCUGGAUACGUGCAAUGCGCUGCUGGAAGCUACUGUUCGAGCGGGGAGGAUCGGAGAGGCAAGAGAACUGCUAGAGGCCGACUUCAAGGCAGUGCUCAAGAAUGUUGUCACAUACAACAUCUUGAUCCGCGGCUUGUGCUCUGGUGGCGAUGCUGCUGGGGCCUUGGAGCUGUUCCACCGGAUGAGGAACUCGGGUGUUCGUGAGAACUCACAGACGUAUCUGAGCUUGCUCCAGGGGCUGUGCUCGGCAGGAAUGCUCUCGGCGGCAUGGAAGUGCUAUAGAGAUAUGUGGGACUUCUCUACGCACUUGGACGUCGUGGUGGUCACAACGUUUCUACACUGCUUGUGUAGAGCAGGAUUCGUGGACUCCGGGCUGGAAGUUGUGAAGCAGCUAGAGGCAGAGACGAAAUGCAUGCCGACUAUGGUGACUUACAAUGUUCUUAUCAACGGGCUGUGCAAGGCUGGGAGAGUUUGUGAUGCCUUCACUGCCUUUAGAAAGGCGAUCCAGUUCGGGUUUCGGCCAACAGUCGUCACGUACAGCACUGUCAUCGACGGGCUUUGUAGAGACAACGAGGUUGACAAAGGUUGCAAACUCCUGGAAGAGAUGGCAGGACGAGGCUGUGCCCCCAAUGCGGUCACCUACAAUACUUUGGUGAAUGCUCUCCUCGGCCAGGGUCGUGCAAAGGAAGCGUUCUCUCUUCUCGAACGGAUGGCAGCAAACGGAUGUCCUCCGGAGCUGAUUACUUUCGGCUUGAUCAUCAAAGGCCUCUGCAAAGAAGGAGAGAUCGAAGCAGCUUUUAGGGUGGUGGAUGAGAUGGUGGACAGAGGCUUCGUUCCAGACGUGGAGAUUCACACGGUUUUGCUGCAUGCUCUGUGCGAGCUAGGCCGAGUGGAUGAGGCGUGGUUCUUCUUCCAACAGGUACUGCUGAUCGGUUUCACUCCGGACGCGGUCACUUACAACACAAUGGUCGAUGGACUCUACAAAGCAGGGAGGCUAGAGGCAGCUGGAAUGGUAUUGCAACUUCUGGCCGAGAGCUUCUCGUCUCCGACUGUUUUCACGUUCACCAUCGCGGUGGACGGUCUGUCCAAGGCAGGAAACUUGACCGGGGCUUAUGAAUUCUUCGACUCGAUGCCACAAACGGGAGUUUCUCCAAAUACUGUGACUUACGACGCUCUCAUCGACGGCCUUUGCAAAGCAGGAAAGCUCGACAUAGCGCUUGGCCUCUUAAGAGACAAAAACUCGCAGGCAGGCAUGUUUGCGUUUAGCUCUCUCCUUCACGGGUUAUGCCAGGCUCACAGGCUCGAGGAAGCGAUCCAGCUGCUCAAAGCCAUGCCUUGCGUGCCGAACGUGGUCUGCUUCAACUCGCUGAUGAACGGGCUGUGCCAGGCUCGCAGAGUUGACGAGGCAUUCGAGCUUUUUGACGUGAUGAAGGAGUCCGGGUGCUCGGCCGACGUGAUCACUUACAACAUCUUGCUGAAGGGACUGUGCAAGCUGCGGAGGAUUCCAGAAGCUUACAGGCAUGUCGAGCUCAUGCGGCGGACGGAAGGCUGCUCUCCCAACGUGGUCACUUUCAGCACUCUCAUCCAGGGACUUUGCAACGCUGGGCGAGUGAACCAGGCCUGGGAAGUCUACGAGAGGAUGGUGGCGGUGGAGGGGAUCUCUCCUAACAGGUUCACGUACGCGUUCCUGCUGGAAGGACUUUGCAAAGCCGGUGACAGCCGGAGACUCGAGCAGUGUUUCGAGCAAAUGCUCGAAAGAGAGUGGAGGAGCUCAUCCUCAUGGCCGAUUCAUUCACCUGAAGUGGACUUCCUCGUCUCCGGGUUUGCGAGAAACGGGAGAGCUCUCCUGGCUUACGGGAUGGCGAAGCUGAUGAUGGAAAGAGGAUUCGUGCCGGGUGCUGCUACGUGCCGUGCGGUGCUUGACGGGCUCUGGACAGCAGGAGCCGCCAGAGAACACCGGGAAUUCGCCUCGCACCUCUUGAGCUCACAGGUUUGAUCAUUCUCGCAUCGAAAGAUACUGAUUGGA